AUGGAUAUUAUUUUAUCUAUGGUCCGAACUGCUCACAAAUAUCAUAAUCGGGAAGAAUUUUUAGCUGAUAUAAAGCUUAUAGAAUCGAACUGCGAACAGUAUAACGGUCCAGAUUCUAGUUUCACAAAACAAGCUAAAGCAUUAGUAGAAUUCACAAAGUCUGCGCUUGAUGAGUUGGAUGUUUCACAAUUAGAAGCUAAUAUAUUAAUAGUUCAACAGAGGGCAAAAGAACAGGCUGAGUUGGAUGGCGUUUGGGGGGAUGAGGAUAACUUUACCAUUGCUGAACCUGAGUUCAAGCGACUACAGACGGAUGACAAUUCUACUCAUAGUAUUGGAAACGACGAUUUUGACUUUGUUGAUAUCGAAGGCGAAGGAACAGCACAUUCGGGCAAUAGGUCGAAUUUCAGUGACAUCAAAAGAGGACGUGGCAGGCCCCGUAAAAUCAGGGAGAAUUCAGAAGAAGUUAAAAUUGGACCCAAAAGAGGUAGAGGACGGCCACGUAAAAAUACUGUACAUAAUUUGGAAGAAGACUUACAAUAUUCUACAGAUGAUGAUGAAUUUGAAGAAGUGCCUUUUAGUGAUAGUGAAAGUCAAGCCGAGAAUAAUAGUUCAAAUAUUGGUAAUUCUAGCAACUUAAGUAUGCCUUCAGCAGCUGUGAAGGAGGAAAACAUUACAAAUCAGAUGGAUGAUGAUAGCCAACAAGUGGCCGAGGCAAUGGUUCAGCUUGGCAUUGGGUUUUACACGCAAUCACAAGAUGAAAGUUUGGACGUGGAUCCAAACUAUGAUCCAUCAGACUUUUUGGCAGCAGGUUUUUGUGAUCAGAAGAAAACCCAUAAUCGACCCGAAACUUGGAUAGACAAUAAGCCAAUGGGAAUUGAUGAUGACUUGGCUAUUAGUGAAAGUGAUGACGAAAAUUCUCCUGUAGAAGAAACCAAACCACAUACAGUUGAUGAUGAAGGUUUUUGGUUUUAAAGUGUGUAUUUGGUUUUAGAAUUCCGAUGAUUAUUUAACCUUAUUUCUUAAUAAGGUU